UGAGACCUCCUUUUCUUUGCCCCCCAUCUAAACUACAAACCGAGUAUAACAGAGAAAACGCGAACGAUCAAACGUUUCCCAACCGGCGGCUCUGUGUUUGUUUUACGCUCAGAGCUUUAUUGUUAGAGUUGUUCCUAAAGAGUUGUUGCCGGCCGGGAUAUUUCUUUAACUUUCUCGUAUAUUUGUUGGUAGGAAGCAGAGCUCCUUUUAGCGUUCGCCCGAUUCACUCCUCCGUGUUGCAACGUUAGCAGGCAGGAGUGUGGCAGAAACGAAAGGCAAACAAAUUUAACUCCUUCAUCUCAUCAGCUCUGGUCGCUUCUCGGUCCAACUUGAAGGUCCCUGCCCUUCAGACACAUGGCUGCUAAUCCACCAGGACAAGCCUUCCCAAACAAGGCGCGGGUGGCAAUCCUGGCAGAGCUGGAGAAGGAGAAGAGGCGCCUGAGGGAGACUCAGUCCAUGAAUGUUCCAGGAGCCAGCAUCCCACUGUCCAGACCAAACGUGAAGGAGUUCAGAGACAGCGCGGAGCUGCAACACAUCGCCGCUCAGCAGAGAGCUGCUUUGCAGCAUGCUCACGCACAUUCUUCAGGCUUCUUCAUCACUCAGGACUCCUCGUUCGGGAACCUCAUUCUCCCUGUCCUUCCACGCCUGGAGCCACAGUCAUGACCUUUGACUCCCUGGCCUCCACUCCUGCGGCCCCUCUGAGACGAAAUAAAAGUGCUAUUGUUCCCUUUGUUUUCAAUUACGCCUGGGUAAUGAGACUUAAUUAUUUCGUCUUAUUAAAAGAAAACCCCGGAGAGUCUUUCUCUGUCUCUCAUACAUUCUUCUCAUUGGGAAAUGACAAUCGGACACGCCGUGACCCCCCCCCCCCCCCAUGGUGGCUCUGAACACAGCAGCGGCUCAGCUCCUCUGACACAGCACAACUGAAGGCACGUCCUGACAAGUGUUUACAUUUCUGGUCUGCUUAAUAAAUCAUGCUUCUUUGAACAA